AUGGAACAGAAUGGGCCCGCCGUACAGGUCAUCGUCAACGGCCAUCCCCAGUCGCAGCAGAACUAUGCACCGAAUAUGUCGUUGUCAAAUAGAUCCAGGCCGCUGUCAGUGGACGAAGCGUUGCAAUACUCUUCCAUGUCCAGCGCGCCUAUCUUUGGUCUUGACUGCAUCAUACGCCCCGAUGUUGGCCGUCCAUCAAAUACUACCUCGAUCAACCACGUCCUUCAAGCGGGUCGCAACACACUAAGUGAGCUGGACGCGGAGAUUCAGUCUGGGCAGGAUGAGUCGAGUCGCCUGGAAACAUCCCGUGAAUACCUUCAGCAAUUGCUGGACGGAGAUAAGUUGACUGAAUUCAAAUUCAAGCUCCCUCCUACCCUCAAUUGCGCCCAACCCUCACAGUCGACUUCACCUGAUAAAUCCGCCUUUGGUCGCAAUCAACUCGGUUCCUUCGCAAAAAUGAUGCUCGAAUCUACGGAUAUAGCCUUUCGAUAUCCCGAGGUAUUAUCCCCAAAGAUUGCCUCUCAAAGUACCCCCAAAGCUACGCCAAAGGCCAGAUCAAAGGUCACAGAAAAGGCAGUUAAAAUCGAACAAAAGUCAGCUGUGAAGAACAACUCCGUCGAAUCGAACCAGCAGGCAUUUGCUGCGAACAAUUCGAUCUCCCAACGACCUUCACCUCCAAGGACGCCUCAACCGAUACAACACACCUCCAGCCAGCUUUCAGUUAUUAUUCCUUUGAAGUCAUCGUCUUCAAAACCCACGCCAGUCAAGCCGGUCCACCAAGUGAAAGCGCCAAGACUGCAGGUUCUUAUAGACCCCGAGGAAUCAUUGACUGCAAUGCGCCACAGAGAUCAAAAAGCGGAGGCAGAUGAUGCUCUGGCGAAACUUCAAAAUGUCGUUCAUGAGAUAUUUGAAGCAGAAGAUGAAGUUGAGCCUGAUGAAGCACUUGUCGUAACUGCCGACAGACCGAAUCCGAUUUUCGUGAACGCAAGGUUCCUGGAAGUGCAUGGCGCACUUUUGUCUACUGAUGCUCAUAUCCGCCUGCAAAAGGCAAUCCGAAAAGUUGCUGGAUUUGACCGACUGCAGGACAUUCCAUCUGAUUACCUCACUCGGAUACAGAAGCUCUGUGAAAAGCCCAUCAUUGCUUCUAAGACGCCCGACUUGCGAUUAAAUGACCCGUCAAAUGAAGAAGAGGCGCGAGAGUGGGUGGCAAAGAUAGAGGAUGUUCUGAACGCUUUGCUCGCAAUUGGAACUCUCUUACAAACGAUGUCGGGGCGUCGGACGGAACGUGAUCUUUGUCCAGAAGAUCUCAUUGAAGCCAUUCCAAUUGUUCUCAACCAAGCUUUCGAUCAUUGUAUCAUCCCUGCGGUGGAAUGCCGCUCCAACGGUAAAGACAGUGGAUUAUUCACUUUCUUCUCGAGCCAGAAGCGAACAAUUGCAAGCUUAAUACACCAAAGCACCAAAGCACUGACUCUUUUCGCGGAUUUCCUAUCGCGCAUCGAUGUCUCCGAUGGGACAAUCACGUCAACGGAGUACUUUGCAACCAAGUUGAUUUUCGUUGAAAACGCGCACAACGACAAGGAUUCUGCGAUUGGGUUCCAAAAGUACGAACCCGCUAGACGAGCUGUAAUGGAUGUGCUCGCAAAAAUAUUUUCAAAAUAUCCGGAUCAACGAGCCUGCAUUCUGGACGAGAUCUUGGGUUCGCUGGAGAAACUUCCCUCGACGCGUCUGAGUGCCAGACAAUUCAAACUUGCAGACGGCAAAAAUAUCCAGCUUCUCACUGCACUUGUGCUCCAGCUCGUGCAGACAACGGCUCUUCAAACCCCCUCACGAUCCAAAGCUAAGCGUCGAUUCCAGGGUGAUGAUGAUGAUGAAUUGAUGGACGGCGGUGAUGAUACAUCGAAGGCUGUAUCGGAAAAUGACAAUGAUGAUGAGCUGGAUGAAUCUUUAGAGCGCCUAGCCACCAAGGUCAACAGACUGUAUGACAACACAGUUCGCAGCGCGCAAUACAUUGUGUCAUACAUGGUCAGUCGAGCAAUGACUUCCCCCAAGACCGGCGAUCAGCCGUUCCGAAAUAUUCUCGACUUUUUCACUGAAGACUUAAUAAACGUCCUCGGGUCGACUGAUUGGCCCGCUGCUGAACUAAUUCUUCGGAUCAUGGCAUCUCAAAUGGUUGGCAUUGCAGAUCUUGACAAGAGCGCAGCAACAGCGAAGAGCAUGGCUCUUGAGCUUCUGGGGUGGAUGGGGUCUGCGAUCUCCGAUUUGAUCGCCACUGCGCAACACAUGUUGCCUGCCUUGGAGGACUCGGACAGCGAUCUUACCGACUAUCUCAAGCAGCAAUUCGAAGACUCCAUAUCCCGGGCAUUGCACCCACAAGAUCUGAUUACCUCCCAAGGCCCCUUCAGGAUGGCCCUUGAGUAUCUAUCACAGGAUAGGAACUCCGACAACUGGCAAUUGACCAGUGCACGAGGCUACUACCUUGCUCAGUGGGCAAAGACUGUUUGUACACUCUAUUACAACUCGGACGACAAAGAGGAUGUGGUACACGACGACUCAACGGAUGGGCUAGUUGCCCUUUUGUCAAAAUUAUUCUCUGACUCGCGCUGGUUGGAAACCCAUAGGCGUUUUGACUCUGUUUCCAAUGUCCACGGGCGGUUUGCAUACAUUCUAACCGUGUUGAAUUCAAGCUUUGGCAAAGCUUUCGAUACCAUUCUCAAAGUUCUGUUGAACUCCAUUGCUAGUGAGCAGGCCAAGGUCCGCAGCCGGAGUUUGAAGAGUGUCAUCUACAUGCUUGAGAAAGAUCCCAACCUGCUUGACAGAGAUGCCUCGAUUAUGCGAGUGAUUCUGCGUUGUACCACUGACGCUUCACCCAUGGUCCGAGAUUCUGCGCUCUCUCUUGUCGCCAAAUGCAUCGGACUCAAACCCAAGCUCGAAGAAGAGGGCUGUCGCUGUAUCCUUGCGUGCGCAGCGGAUCAAACUGCUGGGGUUCGUAAACGAUGUAUCGGUCUACUCAAAGACCUUUAUCAUAAGACCUCUCGACAGGAUUUAAAGUUGGCCAUCCUCGACAGCUUUCUCCAGCGUACUGGUGAUCUCGAGGAGAGUGUGGCAACUUUGGCCCGGCAGACCUUCGAAGAAAUCUGGCUCGUUCCAUUCCACGAAUUCAUGAAUUCGACUUCCGAUGAUCCAAAACUCAAGAUGGCACUGGGAGAGCAAGUUGCGCUUGUAGUUAGUCUUGUUCAGCGUAGCGAAACUGCCCUUGAUUCUUUGAGCACCUGCCUCAAAGCCGUUCUUUCAGCAAAAUCCAAAACAGCAGAUAUGAAUUUCAAGGUUUGCAAAGCCAUGGUGUCAAUUAUGUUCAAUCGUCUCGUUGAGGAUACGGAUGCAAUGGGGAAGGACUUCCAACAGGCUCUUUUGCAAACGGUCACCGUGUUUGCGAAGUCCAACGCAAAGUUGUUUACCCCAGACCAGCUGGAGGCCUUACACCCCUAUAUUGGUCACCUUGCAACCGCAGAUGACCUUUUCAUCUUCCGGUCUGUCGUGAUCAUUUACCGCUGUGUUCUGCCAUACAUUUCGACGUCCCACAAUACUCUUCUGAAAGAAGUGCAAAAUGAUCUCUUUAAAAGUGUGGCCAAAUUAGCUCGCUCAGAGCUCAACGAAGUCAUGGCGUGUCUUUGGACUAUCAAUGGCGUUCUGCAAAACACUGAAAGGCUAGUGAAGUUGACUGUAUCUGUCCUCAAGCCGUUGCAGCAAUAUAAGAGCGUGGAUGUGGGGUUGCCUGCUAAUGCUGCUGUCUUGGCCCGAGCGAAAAGCUACAUUCGAAUUGCUGGCUGCGUUGGCCGCCACUGCGAUCUGGAAAAGUAUCUCAAUCAUUUCAAGAGCUCAUUCCCUACGUGGAAUGGCGCAGUCGUGGCUGACCUGAUGGUCGACUCUAUUCUUCCCUUCACCGGCCACAACCAACCUCUGGAGCUGAGAGUCAUGGCCCUUGAGAGUCUAGGCUCCAUCUGCCAAUCUUGGCCAGCUCAAUUCGUCCGUGAGUCAACGCGCAAGACCUUUGUGCAAGUAUUCAAGGAGGAGAGCCCGAGCUUGCAAAAUAUCGUGCUUCGGUCAUUUGCAGACUUUUUCGCAAUCCACGAGGGCAAAUCCGAAAAAUCAGUAAUGCCAGCCUCAGAUUCGGGAUCUCAAGAAGACUCGACUCGACUCGGUGGUUCGCUUAGGGCUAGCGAUAAUGAUGGCGCUGCUGCCUUGAUCGCCCGAAAUUUCCUCAACAACAUGCUGAAGGUGGCCCAAUCAAGACAGGAUACUUAUUCCCUUACUGCUAUUGAACUCAUUGCUAGCAUCAAUCGACAAGGCUUAGUGCACCCUAAAGAGUGCGCUGGUGUUCUUGUUUCCCUAGAGACGUCGACCAUACCCGCCAUCGCAAAGAUCGCAUUUGACACCCACAAAAUGCUCCAUUCACAGUAUGAAUCGAUGUUCGAGCGAGAAUACAUGCGGGCUGUGCAAGAGGCCUUUUAUUACCAACGCGAUGUCGUCGGUGAUUCAUCGGGUGCAUAUGCUCGGCCUUACGUCUCGAAGCUUGCCCCAUUAUUUGAAAUUGUUAAGAUCAGCCCUAGUCGAUACCAGAAGAAAUUUCUCUCCAACCUCUGUGGCAAGGUCGACUUCGAGUUGAAGAAGCUCAACUCCAGUGGAGAUCCGCCAGAACAUCUUGUACUGACAAGAUUCAUUGCUCAGAAUAUCGCUCAUUUCGAUUAUGGCCAGCUUACCGAGUUGGUGCCAACUAUCCUGGUCCUGGAGCGUAUUGUUUCGUCGACUGGUACUGUUGUUGCCCACGCUAUCGAAACAGACAUUUUCCCGAGUCCUAUUGGGCCUCCUAUGAUCGAGACUCCAGGUGGUAUGAUGGGGGCGGCUCCUACCGUGCCCUUACCCUCCACCACGAUACCACAGUCAGUCAAUCCUGACGUCCUCAAGUCGCUAGCUACAGCUGCAGCAUCUCUUUCCAUCCUCUGGGAAACACGGACUUUCCUACGCCGCCUUUAUGGAGUCCACUCUCACGGCAAAGAUGGAAAACUGGCUAUUAAGGAGCUCAACAAGACUGCUACGAAGGUACACGGUGUGACUGGUGAUAAGUUCUGGGAGGCUAUUGCAAGGAACAUGACUUCUUUGAACAGCGAAGAUGACAUGUUGAGAAAAUGCCGAGAAUUCUCUACUUUGCUGGCCAUCGACGAAGAAUUCAAGGUGGAUCGAGACGGGAAUGCCGAAGGAGAUGGUCUUGAUGCCAUAGGGGACGUUGAUGACAUGGAAGGCGUAGUCACUGGAUCCCGUCCAGUGAAACGCAAAAGCUCAGUCUCGAGUACAGGCGUCAACAAACGCCCUAAGAGCCGUAAAGGGUCUGUUGGGAAGAGACGAUCUAGCACUGAACCCGAUGACGACUGGGAAUGA